AUGACGUCGUUGUUCAAGCAGCUCGAAGCGCUGUCUGUGAAGCCUAACAAGGCUUACAGCCGCUUCCGCAGGUCGUACGCGAGCAAGGAACACUACACUCGCGUGUUGGUUUGCGAGAGUUGGGAGUUCAUGUUGGGACUGGAUGCGACGAUUGUGGAGUGCGAGGUCCUGUUCCGCAGCUGCCUAUCGGAUCCCAGCCAGGCGGCGGUGGCAGCGAUGGCCGCACGGUCUGCGGCAUCUUCCGCCGAAUCUACAGACUCCGCGGAUGUUGAGAUGACGGACGUGGCCACUGGCCCCAGCUGGCAGGAUAAGGAGAUCGAGUUUAUGUUGGAAUCCGAGUUCUUGGAAUGCGAGCGUACGUUGCAGCUGUUUCUAGACCUCUGCACGCCGUGGCUCCUGCACGAGCCAUGCCAACACCUCAUCGAUUUCCUGAUAUACCAGUUCGAGCUGGCGAGUCGGUUUGGCGAGAUGCUGCUGCUAUCACUGCUGCCCAUUCACGAGAGCGCAUACUUCGUCAAGGUUGCGGAAAUGUUGACGUUGCCUGACGGUAGCGAGUUGUCGUACUACAUCCCGCCGAAGGCCCCUGCAGCCAAAAACGCUGACAAUGGCAGCUCCGAAGUGCAAAAUACGCGCGUAGGCGUAUCUAGGGACACCAUACUGGAGGGAACGGUGCGUUCGUUCAGCAACUACCGGCGCAUCAGCGAGACGGUGGAGCGCCUGGCGUUGGUACGCCAGCGUGCCGGAACUUAUCUGCCUCUCUACACGGUGCUCAGCGUUGCAUUUGUUGAGCAGAACCGCGGGAAACUAGGCGACAGCGAGAUCCGUUUGCUGCUGAACAACGUGUUUUCUGGUUUGAAGCGCCCUGAUGUCUCCGCGUACUACUCCGCACAGCUGUGCACCUUGACUGUGCUUUUCUGCACGGUGACUGUCACCAUAUCUGUCCAGCGCACAGUGGUGACGUGUAUGCUCAAUCCGCUCCUGUCUGAGCUGCGCGACUCGGACGCCCCGCCUUUUGACCUGCGAAUGAAGUUGAAGGACUCCGUGCUGGUACUGCUUGGCAUGCUGCACCAGCAGAAGGAGCGGCUGGACGCGCUCCCGGUCAACACGACACAGCUGCUGCUGACGGUGUUGCAUAAAUAUCCCGCCAUGGUGAACGUGUUUCGCGGCAUUGGCGGCUCCGGUGAGGCCUUGGAUUUUUCACGUUUAUGCAAGGUGCUGACGCUGUCCGUGGUAAAAGCGUGCAAGCCGUCCGCGAGAGCCGCGCAGGGUGCUGAAUCGGCUAACGAUUUGGACCUCAUCAAGUGGAUGGUCGAAUUCUUCAUGCACCUGGACUACUCGAUUUUGUACGUACGGGUGAUGCUGUACACCCUGAUCGACGACCUUGUGGUGUUUGCACUGUCCACCUGUCGUCAAAGCGAGGCACUUUUCCAGUGGGAUCCCGUUACCAUGACGGGCUCACUGAACACGCACCACUGUGACACGUUGUCUGUCUACGGCCGUUUUUUCAGACAGCUGCACGCAUCAUCAUCUGCUGUUUUUGACGAUGUUUUGCAGCGCACUCUGCAGUCCACGAAUCGGUCGCCUGAGGUGCUAUCGGUCUUCCUGCUGAUCUGCCACAGCGUGAGCGGCGGAUGCCCAUUGCACUUUUCCGUUCUGGUCCACAAGUGCUUGGGCAAGGAGUCGCCUACUGGCCCCGCUGCGCUACCGAAAUCGGUGGCUGCGGACAACCUGGGGUCAACAUUAAUCUUGUACACCGACCCGAAUCUACCGUCGAAGUCACGCUCGCAGCUUUACGGGAUGUUGUCGGCUAUUAUGAAUGCGGAUUUGCUGUCCACGGUGGACCACGGUGCUUUAUGCGAGUUUGUCCGCGUAAGCGUAUCGGAUCCCCAAUGCAUUCCGCUGUUGUACCGUGAUUCGAGGCUGUUGUCACUGUUGCCCUCAUCUGCUGUUAUCAGGGUGCUCAUAUCGCAAAUCGGAUGCUUGCUCACAGGCUCCGGCCUGUCAUUCAGCGCUCCUGCCUCGUUGAAGGCGAAGUCGAAGAGCCACAUCCCCGCCAUGGAGCCAUUUUACAGCAAGUGUUUCGAGGUGUUGAACCGGGACUCCCCAGCGUCUAGGCAGCUCUUGUUCGCGCUAUCCCUGUUCGCCGAUUUCUACGGCCGCGCCACCAUUGAUGAGCAGGAGUGUAUGCAGCAAGCGUCGCACCACUUCAUGCGUCUUCUGCACGUCAUCUCCAGAAGCGCCAAGCACGCGAAGUCGUCGAAAAAGACAAGCAAGAGUUCUGAAGUGAGCGAAUCUGGCGCAACUGAGCAUAGUGAGGAUGCGAAUUCGACGUCGGGAUCUGCUGAUGCCGGACCUAAUGACCACGGCAGUGAUGCAAGCGACUCAACUGCCAUUGCUGCUCCAUCGUUGAAAACUAUCUGUGACAAUUACUUCCGUUCCUCCGAUUCGGGCGAGCACCGCAGCUACUGCUCAACGAUGUCACUGCUGUUCGGUGUUUUGGAUUCAAUGAUGCAGCUGUCCACCGCGACCACGUAUGUAAACACCUCGUCUGGUGAGGAUACGUCUGCCACAGGGGCAAAUCCGAUUUCGUUCGGCAAUGACACAGUGUGGUUCAACGAGUGGCUCGUAUGCUACGGGCUGUACGAAUCGUCAGAGUUGCUCAGUGCGGUGUUGAAACAAUCCGCAUCGUCGACUGGCAAUUCAAAGGCUGACAACCAUGCCGAUGAAGUAGGGGAACCAGGCGUUACUUCUAAGGGCAACAAAGCGUCGCACCCAGAUAUCACCCUAUCCGCCGAGGAGUUGCGUCAGCUGUUUUCGUUGAGUGAGGUUGUUUUGUGUUACGCCAUUAAACUGUACCGCGGCUCCGUGCUGUUGGGCGAGUUGACGUACUUCUUCGCGCAGUGCCACUUUAAGGUGCUUACACUGUGCUCCAUCUCCGCACCGCGUUUCGCUGAUGUUAACGGCGGCUCCAACCCUGCAGAAUGCAACGAUUUGCCUGAUGCGGUGUUCGAUCGUGACGCCCUGCUGCUCCACGCGAUGUUAACAUUGUCCAGUGAGGAAUUCACGAGCCACUUCAAGGAAGCGUUGUCAACGGCCCCCAAGAGCGUGCAGUCGCGUGUCCACUUGUGGCUGAAGUACUACUUCGAAUUUGGCCAUCUGGUCCGCAGUGUGGAGCAUCGCCCAGGCCUUCGUCUGGACCUUUACGGCGGCAUCAUGGACAGCCAAGUGGAAGUUAACCGGUCCAAGAUGACGGUCGCCUUCCGCGGCGUUAUCGGCGACGUGCUGGCAUUGGGCCCUGCCAUGGUAUCAGAGAUUCUGAACGGCAAAGCGGACCUGCUGUGGCCUUCGCGUGAGCUUUCUGAGCCCCUUGAGGACGAUUGCGGCAUAAUGCAAAUCCCGUACGCGUCUCUAUCGGAGCUGGACGGAAUCAUGAAAAUGUACGGUCGGUGUAUGGAUAUGCUGUCCCACCUGGUGUGCGAAUCGUUGCGUGUGAAGGCGUUUAACAACUCGUGCUUGAUGAUCGAUGUUCUCGUUAACUCGCUGGCGUUCUUGGUUGACAAGGAGCACCUCGUGCGCCGCCCAGCAGUCCUGAUGAUCUCACGUGCCAUGCAAUGCUAUGUGGACACCCCCGGCAAAUCGCCCGCUCGUUUCGUCGCCGCCUGUGGAUAUAGCGUUUGCCCUGAGUUCAGUACCGCCAUUGCGGCGUUGGAAUACCCUUUCAAAGGUUUCGACAAAACUCUGAGGAAGCUCUGCAGUGGCUUGCUCGAGAACAACGCGCCCUUCCCGAACGUCAUGUUCGUCAACCAGCUGUUCAGUCACUGCGCCAGCGAACCCAUGGUGCUGUCACUGCUGUUCUAUGGCUGCAUCUUCAGCGGAACUUCGUUGCAGUUCAAUGUAGAUGUUUUGCGACGUAUUGGCGCCAACCUGUCGUCAGAUCACGGUGCUGAUGUCUUCUGCACAGCGCUUGCAGGCCUGCUGCCAUUUGUCAGGGACUACAAGAUCAGCUCACCGAGUGACGUAAGCGUUUUGCACCGUUUCCUGCUUUGUUUUGCCACAUCGGCUUCGAGCGUUGCAGCAUUUGGUCUGCAUGGCAAGGCCGGAUGCUUCGCCACAACGCUUUGCCCAGCCGUCCUGGAUACCUUAACGACCCUGGUUCACGGCAUGUCUGAUAUGGGCGAGUCUCUGCAGGCUGAUAUAGAUGUAAUACGCAAGGUAUGCAGUUACUGCGCAGGCGCGUGCAUGUCCACACUAUCGGAAGGCGCAUUCUGGUCAGUCAAAGGCGAGGUGCAAAGCAGGCUAUUGGAGUCAUUUGAUCGCGCCUUCGGCUCCAUGGAAGCAGCAACUCGGCUCCUAUGUCUGCGUUAUCUAUCAUCAUGCUACAACAAGAGCAAGAACGGCGUGAAGUCAGUGGUGUCCAUAAUCCCGCGCCUGCAGUCUUGUAGCAACCAUUUCCAGGAGCUGUUCGUGAUGGGCAUUGUCGACAACUCGCCAGCAGACAUGUUGCCGGAAGUGUUCAAUGCUGUGUUGCAGCAAGAGAAAUCAUCUAAAGGGUGGUUCCACGUGUCGUUUUUACUGCUGCAGCGCUACCUGACCCGCGCCGACCUGAAAUCCGACUCUGCGGUUUCUUUGGUUUGCAAGGGCACCGCAUCCUUGCUCGAUGGCAUCGUGAAGGCCCACAAAGCGGGUGCCGUCCCAACCUCAGCGGGCAGUGCAGCCGAGUCGUCAUUGAGUGAGCUUGGACACGUCGCUGUUUUCAUUAACCAGCUCUACCUGCGGCUCCAGCAAGCAUCGGGUUCUUUGGACGUCAAGUCAAUGCAGAAAUUGCAUGCUGACGUGUGCCGCUGUUUGCGUGCGCUAUGUAAAUUCUACGGAGCAGCUACAUUCGAUUUUGUUCGUCCAUUCCUUUCCAAGAUGUGCAUCAUUGACUACACUCUGUCUUCGUCUAGCGGCGAUGAGGCCAAUAAGGGCGACAACUCGACUGACGCGGAUUCCCAACCCGCGAAGACGCCCGCUCCUGCCAAAUCUGCGACCAAAAGUUGUGCCGCAAUAUGUCACCUGCUGAUGCAGGUAUUCGAGUCCGAUAGAAGUUCGUCGGCAACCCUCGGUUUUGCGGAGUUGUGUACGGCAUUCCCCGCCGGUCCAAAGCACAGCUCCAGCGCCACAUACAACCAAGGAGCUGGAGGCAAGUCUAGAGGCGCUACCCGUGACAGCUUGGUACCUGACAUGUCAUUUGCGUACGACGAGUGGCUUUCCUAUGCCAUCUACAGCUGUAUAUGCAUAUGUCGCCUGGAUUCGUCAUCACCUGCAGUAACACGCUGCGUCGAGUUGCUGAAAUCUUCUGGCGACCCCGUUGGUGUGCUGUCAACGUUGGUGCUCACUGCAGUGUCAGCCAGCGCUGAGGAGGAGCCGCGCUUCCCCAGUUGGGUUUCACGUCUGGAUGUGCGCGGCAUCAUCAUGGGCAAACACCUCGACAGCUCUUCUAAGCUUGGAUUGGCGUACGAUAUGCAAAGUUUCGUGCACCAGAUCGUCGUGCAGUCCGCAGAUCUAUUUGAGGUGGCCAUUGAUGCGUUGAGCUUCAACGACCGCAAGUCACCGGAACAUCGGCGGUACCUGUCGGUGUCUCUGCUGCUGCAAUCCCUCAGUAUCUCCAUGGUGUGCUUCAAAAACGUGGGUUCGGAUGAAGCGUUGGCCGCUAUGAAUAAGAAGAAAAAGGGGCUCAUGGGUGUCUGUGCUCCAUCUACCACGGCAUCGGAAAACACAGACCUGUCAUCAACGUCUAUUCUGAAGAAGUCCGGCGAAAUAAUACGGUUGGUGUAUGCAGCCAAUCCGGAAGAGAACUACCCACGUUUGGCUCUGGGUGCCCUGUCGUUUUUCUGGUGCAAAGACCUUGUGUCGUCGCCCUCCGACAACUUCUGGAGCGCUGCGUGUGGCAUCGACUUCAUGAAGCAGCCUUGGGUGUGCGACUACGUGGCCGUCGCUCUCGCGUCUAUAAGCAAAAGCAUCGGCCACAAGUUCGGGUUAUCCACGAAACCUCCCAUGUCAUCGGCAGCUGCUGCGUUUAGCAAGGAACUAUCCAUCGUGCUCGCCAAGUUGGCCAAGGUGCUUUCCGACUUCUUGUCGGCGACUGAUGCGUGCAUCCUGGUCAAGAAGCAGGACGAUGCGCUGCAGCUGCUCGUGGGCCGUUCCCGCAAGAGCGCGUGGAGAACGCUGAUAGGCCUGUGCUAUGGCCUGUCAGGAGAGUGGGUGUUGCACAGUUUCGCUUUGGCCCGAUCUCGUGUCGAGCUCCUGCUGCAGCUGAAAGCGUUCAACCAUUAUGUGGUGCUGGAUUUCGUGAACGCUGUGAAGUUGUGCAUCCGUUUGGUUGCGUGCGGUGAGGCGGAAGAGGAGAGUUUCGACAUUCAGCUUGUGCAGGGCCUCUCGUGCUCGCUGGCCAAACUGACGGCUCAGCUGGUCGAACGCCAUCUCAGCAACGUGUCACUGUCUGCUUGCGUAUUAGGCUUGAUGUUGCUCCUCAGGCGCCGGUUUGGAAAGGCCACCGGCGACGAGCUGCUUGAGGCUAUAAUGAAUUUGCUGGUGUUCUUCAGCAGCCCUAGUCCGGUGGAAGAGCGUUUCUCGCUCCCUGCUGAAGAGGAACUGCUCACUGACCGCAAGCUGGCCAGUGUGUGCUCCGACAUGUUUGAGGACCUGCUCCAAUGCAACUCCGACAAAGUUUCCAAAGCCAUAGUCGCUGCUUCUGACAAGAUCAUACUUGGAAAGGCGACGCCUGUGCGUAUGGCAACGUUGCUUUCGUUCUACGCCAGCGUGAGCUGCAAGUACUACGACAUUCUGCGUCUGGUGCUGGGACUCGACUUCACGCAGGUCCUAUCGGCGAUGCGCGACGGCAGCCGUCUGCUGAGUCUCGUGUCGAUAAGCCUGCAUUAUAAUCGCAUAAAAUCGAGGUACGUGAGCGACCUCGAUCGGCUUUACUUUUUAAACGUGAAUCUACUGUCCGAAUUCGAGGCUGCGUCUGCUAGUGUAUCGAAUCGCAAGGCCCGUAAGUCCGGCAAGAGCAGCGCUCCGGCGGAGUCGGACGUGACCGCAGGCGGCGAAUCAGCGGCCAGUGACAGCAUCGCAACAGCUUCUGGAGAGAAUGACCCAAACAGCAACGACCCAACACCCGCUUCCGGAUUGAUGUCGGCGUAUUUGGAAGACGCCACUGGAUCUCCACGCCUGGAUCUUUCAUGCCGCCUGUUCAGCGAGCCCAAGUUGGAGUUUGGCAGCGAGAAAGGCGUGAAAUCCUUCGAGGAUUGCGCGAUCGUCUUCGCCCUCCAGUACUUUUCCAAGAUCAGGUCCAGCGACCUCGUGGAGGUGCUGGCGAAGCACAUCGGGUACAAAUCGGACACAUCUGCCGAAGGCGCAGCGUCGCCUCUGCCUAGGGACGGCACACGUCUGCUGCUGCGCAUGAUCGUGGCGGCACUGGGUGAAUACGGCAGCCUGGGCGCGACGCAAUUCGUGCUACCUCGCGUCUACCAGCACCUGAACACGGUGCUCGAGAGCACUGUGGAGGAACUGUGCGCCCCGGUGAGCAAACCCAGCAAGUCGAAAAGCUCGAAGUCUCGCGCCAACUCUGGCUCAAGCUGGAAGGUGUUCGUUAACGGCGUGCUUGCGUUGCGCGCCAUUCGUGCGUGCGUGGAGACCUGGGAUUCGAAGCAGGCGUCCGUGCCUGACAUGUGCCUCAACGUUUGGCUGCCAACUCUCGGCAAGGCGUUGGGCGUGUUCGACUUUUUGUCCGGCGCGUGGGAAAUCCAGGAGUGGGAGCGCGCGCUGGAAGGCACUUUCCUGCACCUGUUGUUCGCCUGCUCCGGAGAUGCCGACCGCAUCGAGCAGGUGCUCUCCGGCGACCUGGUGUCGCGGUCCGAGGUUUGCAAGUGCCGCGUGCUCAACAUUCUGCUUUCGCUAUGGGGCAAGGCCAACUUCCACCUUGGCGGCAGCGUGGUGAACAUAAUGCCCGUGCUGGGCGAGCUCGCGGACGACGAGAGCGAGGAGGUCCAGCGCCUCAGCGAGCAGCUGAACGAGCGCAUCCAGUCAUUUUUGAACAUGUAG